UGCUGCCUCCAACGUAUGGUCUACCGUGAGUACCUCAACGAUUCUCUCUCUCUUUACUCUCUCUCCCUGAUCCAACGUUAUCCUUUCCUUUGAUCUCUACAGACUACACAAUCUUUAUCUCAGAAACUAAUUAAACCCACUUUUCUUGUUUGUUUUUUUUUUCCAUCAGCUCAUUCCUCCUGUUUGGAUUCAUUUUCAUUUUCUCGAGAAAAUGAAAGAAAACACGGGAAACCCAUUGCACCUGACAUCCUUGAACCACGUCUCGCUAGUUUGCACAUCACUUGAGAAGUCCAUUGAUUUCUACAAGAAUGUUCUUGGGUUUGUUCCGGUGAGGAGACCUGGCUCUUUCGAUUUCAAUGGAGCAUGGCUAUUUAGCUAUGGAAUUGGAAUACAUCUAUUGCAAUCAGAGGAACCAGAAAACAUGCCAAAGAAAAGUAAAAUCAAUCCCAAAGACAAUCAUAUAUCUUUCCAGUGUGAAAGCGUUGCUGCAGUGGAGAAGAAGCUGAAGGAAAUGGGAAUCGAUUACCUAAGGCAACAGGUAGAGGAAGGCGGGAUCUACGUCGAUCAACUGUUCUUCCAUGAUCCGGACAGCUUCAUGGUUGAGAUAUGCAACUGUGACAACCUCCCCGUUAUCCCAAUUGCUGGAGAGAUGGUUAUGUCAUGUUCACGAGUGAAACUAGCAUCGGGUGCAAUUUCAGCACAAGCAUGAGCUCUGUGUGUGUGUUUUUUCCCUGUUCUUGUUUUCUUUUCUUUCAGUUCAAUGGUGGGUGUAGCACUCUUCUCUGUGGAACCAUUACCCAUUUCUCUUUGUUGAUAGAGAGGUCUUGUGGAGCUCUUCA